UUCAGUGCUUUCAGGAAAGCCGCUGUAAGUGGGUUUGUUUUUAAUAAUAAUAAUACAAAAAUAUAAGCAUUUUAGUCGUUAGGUGUUUUAUUGUUAAACGUGCUAGUUAAAAUGUUGUUGGAGGAGGUGAAAAGGUUGAAAGUAACCGAGCUGCGGACUGAGCUAAAGGAGAGGGGGCUCGACCCCAGAGGACUGAAGGCUGAGCUGGUGGCUCGACUUAUUUCUGCCAUCGAGAGAACCGAAUCUGAUCAACUUGAGGAAUUAAACUCGUUAAACACGAAAGCUGUGUCAGCUACAGAAGAACAGGACACAGAACUAAAUCAACUAACAUGUCUGGCUGCUUCACUACCGACUGGUGAUAAUGUUACAGCACCAACAACAACAACUGCAGCAGAGGACCAUCAUUCACCGGUUAAGAAACACACAGGAUCAGUCCAGAUUCCGACCAUCAGCCAAUCCCAUGUGGAUCAGAGUACACAGACAGAAAGUGACCUCAGUGUCACUGUGUCCCAUCCACCCUGCUCCUGCUCCAGAAGAGAAGUGGAAACACACCAGUUUACAACCCAAAGUCUUCCUAGUAGUGUUAGCACUAGCACUGAUGUUCAUGUCCAGUCUGCCCAGUGUGCCCAGUCUGCAAGUCCUACACCAGUGCCCACCCUCCCAGUGUCCGAGCCUGAACCUUCAUCCCAUAUAAACGACCAGUCAAUGCCAUCUACAAUGAAAGAGAUGGAAACUGAAAAUCAGGACAAACACAGGGAGCUGAGGAGACCUCUGGGUGAGAGGGGCAGAGAUUAUUAUGAGUUUAAAGAGGAGAUUCAGUAUAAAAGAGCCAAAACCCCAGAGCCUGGUCCAGUAAGUGAAGAUGAAAUGGACAUUGAUGAAGACAUGAUUCGGUUGGAUCCUUAUAACAGUGACAUGCAUUUUGAAGUAGGUUCAAAUGGUAGCAGUGGUCAGCCUUUGCUCUGGGAGAAGUUUCCUCUGCUUCGUUCAGGAUGUAGACUGACCCAUGGCUUUACUCAGGGGAAAGUAGGAUUCGAAGUCAAGUUUGUCAAGAGAUUGUCUUUAACCCCAGUUGAUGGCAACUCCAUUGUUGACCCUGAGCCACACGUCCUCAGAGUGGGCUGGUCUGUGGAUGGUUCCAGCUUUCAGCUAGGAGAGGACAAGCUGUCGUUUGGUUUUGAUGUAGCAGGUAGAGCAGUGACCAAUAGAAAAAUGGAAGAAUUUGGCGAACCCUUCUCAGAGGGUGAUGUCAUUGGCUGCUAUGCGUUUAUCAGUGAAGCUGGACAAGCAGAACUCUCGUUUUCUAAAAAUGGGCACCACCUUGGGGUGGCAUUUCACCUUGAUGACUACAUGCUGGCAGGCCGUGCACUCUACCCACACGUGCUGUGUAAAAACUGCUCUGUUUCAUUAAAUCUGGACCCAGGGGGUACAGCAUGGCACCCUGGUCCUUCUGGGUACUGCCCUUUUCCAGCGCUUCCAUCCACACAGCUGACACGGGCAUCCCUGUCUCCUUCUCAUAGGAAGGACUGUGAGAUGCUGAUGAUGGUUGGCAUGCCAGGUUCUGGAAAGAGUCACUGGACUCAAAGCCACAUGGCCACAAAUCCAGAAAAGCAUUACAAUGUGCUAAGCACAGACUCUGUCCUUCACUGCAUGAACCUGCAGCUGCCAAACCCAGAGCACAAGGAGCUACUCCUACAGCAGGCCACUCAGUGUCUCACACACAUCAUCAAAAUAGCAGCAACCAAACGACGAAACUUCAUCCUAGACCAGGCAAACAUUUACCCAUCUGCAAGAAGGCACAAGCUGCUGCGUUUCGCUGGGUAUCAGAGGAGGGCGAUCGUAGUCGUCCCCUCGGACAAAGAGUGGAAGAGGCGUCUUCAGCAGCAAGAGCAGAAUGAGGGAGCAGUGCCUGAAAUGUCACUGCUGAAGAGCAAAGCGAGUUUUACCCUCCCAGAGCAGGGGGAUCUCCUGGAGGAGGUGCUGUUUGUGGAGCUCUGCCGAGAAGAAGCACAGUCGCUUCUCAAAAACUAUAAAGAAGAGGCCGGACGUGUCCUCCCAGCACCUUCGAAACGCAAAAAGCUCCACAACAAACCUAACAAAGCCCAGAAUCCACAUGGAUGGACCAUGAACCGUAAUGUUUAUGCUCAGCAGUCACAGUGGGGGCGGCAAAAACCAUAUGGACGACCUCUUUCUGCAUUCCCUCAAUCUUACGGCUAUAACAGCGAUCCACAACAGUACAGAGAUUACUAUCAGCCAUGCACUACGCAGUGGAACGCAUACGACCAAAACCAGAGCUACUACAGCAACCAGAACUAUUACUUUGGCAAUCAAGCUUCUUGGUAGAUUUCUACACGUCUUCAUAGAAAUUAUUAUUCCUUUUAAGUUCUUUUGGAUUUUAUUUUAAAUGUGGAGCUUUUGUGCAGUGUUAUAUAGCAGUACUGCUUUAAUGCAGAUUAUUUUAAUUAUACAGCAUAUGUUUUUAAUACUACACUUUCACUUAGUGCAGCAUAAAAUGUAUAUUUCUGGCUUUUAGCAGACGCUUUUAUUCAAAGCAACUUGGAGUUAUGACUGACUGGCAUGCAAGCAACUGAGUGCCUUGCUUAAGAGCUAGGGGCCAAACAGUGGCAACUUGGCAAUAGUAGGGAUAAAACAGGAAACCUUCUGAUUUCUGAUUUAGAUUUGGAGACUGAGAAGGUCUCACAUGGUACAGUUAAAAGACGUGUGAUGAAUGUAAACCUGAGAAAUCGAAUAUAAGCACCAAAUUAAAAACUAGCUAUUGUGGUUGCAGUGUGAAUGUAGCCUAGAUGCAGGAUGUAAGAAUUGGAUUUAAUCCCAAGCAAUUUGGAGUUAUGACUGAAUGCCAUGCAAGCAGCUGAACGCCUUGCUUAAGGGUUAGGGGCCAAACGGUGGCAACUUGGCGAUAGUAGGGAUAGAACAGGCAACCUUCUGAUUUGUCCAAUAUCUUAACCAGAGCUACCACUGCCAGAUUUUUCAUUAUUUGUUUACAGUAUUCAACAAAUUAUUUUAAUUCAUUUUAAACAGAAAUGCUAAACCUGUAAUACUGCUCAAACCAUUUGUAAUUACUAUUUCUAACAGUAAGCAAAUUGAAGUUUCUGGUACAUACACAUUUUAA